GUGGCAUCGCAACAUUCGCAACAGAACUGAUCUGAUACUUAUUACUUAUAUUCAGUAUUCUGAUCGGAUUCGGGUCGGCCCCCGAUAGACGAGUUAGUGAGUCCCCCGGAGAGCCCCGACCGACCCGACGGCAGCCAGUAAUCAAUAUACUUAGUGCAGGCCAGCAGGCAGACUGUGCGGUGCCUGCAUCAGCAGUAUCCAGAUAGUGCUGUGUCGGUGCUUGUAUAGACUGUGAUACUCUUUCCUAUCUUUUGGAGAGCAGUAGUUGCCGAAUAUAGGCCUUGCGACAUCAUCGCGCUGCAGGCGUGCGCAGGUGUCCGCGUAGGCCAGUCAUCAGAAACUCGUGGAUUUGCCGCGUUUCUGACAACCACUGCGCUUAUCCUGCUAUACUGAACAUAAUACUUGUAUAACCAAGAUGCGCCUGGAAGUUGAGUAUUUGUCACAGGAGCACCUGGCAGGCUUCGAAAACUAUAAAUACAGCUCGCUAGACACGAGCCCGCUCAGCAUUUAUGUUAUGCACCCAUUCUGGAACAAAGUAGUUCAGUUUUGUCCAAAAUGGGUUGCUCCAAACGCAUUGACCUUUUCAGGCUUCCUAUUUACUGUUGUGAAUUUUGUCAUAUUCUCAAGGUACGAUUACUAUUUCUUUGCCUCGAGUGACGAUCAGACGCAAUAUCCUGCCAUUCCAAAAUGGAUUUUUGCUCUCGCCGCAUUCAAUAUAUUUAUGGCCUACACACUAGAUGGAAUUGAUGGGAAACAAGCGAGAAGAACUCAAACAUCUGGCCCUCUAGGAGAAUUGUUUGAUCAUGGUCUCGAUAGCUGGACUGCCAUGUUAAUAACCAGUUGCAUGUACUCUGUGUUUGGAAGGACUGAACAUAGUGUGUCACCUUUAAGAAUGUACUUUAUAUUGUGGAAUGUAUUUGUCAAUUUUUAUCUCAGUCAUUGGGAAAAGUACAACACAGGAGUGCUUUUCUUGCCAUGGGGAUACGACGCAUCAAUGGUGGCAACCAUAGUGGUCUUCAUUUUAACAAGUUUUGCUGGACAUGCGGCAUGGAAAUUUGAUUUACCAGGUGGACUUUCAGCCGGUUCAAUGUUUGAAAUGCUCCUUUAUGUCAGUGCACUUGUAUCAAAUUUACCAGUUGUACUAUGGAAUAUUUACAAAUCGUAUAGAGACAAAACUGGAAAAAUGCGGACUUUGCCAGAAGCGCUGAGACCACUAAUACCAUUAACAAUUCUCUUUGCGAUUGCCACCACCUGGGUGAUUUAUUCUCCUAAUAAAAUAAUCUAUGCAGAUCCGAGAAUUAUUUACUUUGCUGUUGGAACUAUAUUCUCCAAUAUAUGUUGUCGUUUGAUAGUGGCACAAAUGAGCAACACUAGGUGCGAAAUACUACCGUGGAUACUCGUUCCUGUUGCUGGUACAGCAGUUUUUGCCUACAUCAUACCAAAAUUAGAAUUGCAACUCAUGUACAUACUCGCUGCGAUCGCCUUAGCAGCUCACGUACAUUAUGGAACAUGUGUUGUACGUCAAAUGUGUCGUCAUUUCCGAAUCCAUACAUUCCGCAUAAAAAAUCAUUCAGAAUGACUACUUGCCGACGAUACAUGCUGAUGAAAACAAAGGUAAAAAAAAAGAAAGAGAGCGUGAACAAACUAAAGCUAAAACAAAGAUCUGACGGAUUCCAUUUAUACAAUGUAUUAAAAAAAGGAGUCACAAAAAUGUAUCUAUCUAUAUCUUUUUGUGACUUGCGCGUAUUUCUAGCAUAGUAAAUCUAAUCUAAGGAUUAGUUGCACUCUAAUUUUUAGUUUGGUUAUGGCUCGUGUAUAAUAUCGUUUGGUUGAUCAGCAUGUAUUGUCCCUCGGACGUUGGAAGAUUGUAUCUUGUCUAAUAAGCAAGACUUGGCCUUUUUAAAGGCUGUAUACUACUCAAUAUACUACUAGUUUUAUAUACUAGUUUUAUACAAUCAAAACUCAAAUACCCAGUAAAUUCUUGCCUAUUCAACAACAAUAACAACAAAUUGACAGUGUGUGCUCGUUUACGUGUUUAUUCGAAUUGUUCGUUUUCGUUGAAUAGUGUGACAUUCACAAUACAAUACCAUACAAGAUUUGUAAAUUUAUAAAAAACAUACAUAUGUUAGGAUAAAUCUUUUCUCAUAUUCUUCGUCGUCUUUAAGUAGUAAAAUUAUGUAUAAUAUUACCUAUGAUGUAUGAUUUCAUGUGCGUUGAAAGAAUCAUCACCCAGUCAUUUAACGAAUCUUUGUAAGAUGUGUAAUUCCAAAGUUUCUAUAAUUUAAGAAUGUAUCAAGUAUGAGCCUUGUAUAUUAUAGUUGUUUAGUGGCAUUGAUGGUACAAUUAUGAAGAACCUGUACAAAAUCCACACACACACACACACACACACACACGCUGAUGUAUAAUAAUUGUAAAACUGUUUGUUUUACACGUUGUCUAUGUAACCUUUUGUGCUUUUUAAAUUCAAUACUUUUCAAUCGCAACGUUUCAAGAACUGAAUAUAUAUUUACAUGUCAAAUUAAAUAGUCUUUCAUUGUA